GUUGGCUAUUUGUUCACGCGUUGUCACUCCCCCUUAGAGCAUUUCUUGUGGAGCACUCGAAUGUUACAGCGCUAUUUAGUAGCCUUCCUUUCUAGAGAAGGGACAUCACCAGAAAAUACACAGGACUUCAGUGAUAAUGGACUUCCGACAUUGGUGCAACCUUUAGCACAAUAUACCAUCUACAAUAGUGACUUAUCCUCCCGCACUUCAGUGAAAGACCAAGCAAGCGAUUGGCUUCCAAGGAGUCUAGACCUCGAUAGCCUAUUUAACUCAGUAUUCGCAUACGAUAACAAGUUAAUGGGACAGCUUCGGAUCAGAGGAAUCAAAAGAUGAAGAUCCUGUCUACAAUGCUAACAUUUCUGGUGCAUAUCAUCAUCAUCAUCUCCCACGCUGCUGGGUCUGUGGGGUCUGUGAAAGAGUCCUCAGACGGAAACCUCCUGGACCUCCCCUGGCUGGCAGAGUUGUGCUGUGCCUCACCAGCAGACCCACAUCACCAGGAGGGAGACGGAAACGACAGGGGAUCCGCGGGGUUUUGGGAGGAACCCUCUGAUUCGGGGCAAACACACACACCCCCGUGUCUCUUUAGGAACUCCACAAGCACACCGGGACCCCCUCAGGAGACAGAGGCCAGGGGAGCCACAUGCUGGGACAUCCUGUGUCGUGUUGAUGAGACCGGGGAACAUUUAAUAUGUGAUCUAAAUCACAGCGUCACGUCUACCAGCAGCUCCAGUCAAACGUCAUUGGAAGUUAGCCUCCACUGCUUAGUCACACAGCCUGACAGAGAGGUACACACCACACAUGGGACUGAGAGGAUGAAUUGUGUGGGAGAGGAUUCCAUCACUUGCUCUGUCGCUUUCCACACGCUCAGUGGUGUCGCUGUGGUAACAGCCAAUGUGUCCAGCCCCCCAGCAGGUCCCUCAGUGAUGCUCAGCAUCCUUCUGCGUCUUGGUCCACCGCUGAAGUUAACACACACCCAGACCCAAGAUGGAGAGUUAGUUCUUAGCUGGAGCUACCCAAUUCCCCAUCCUAAUGCCAGCACUGUCCCACUGAACUAUGAGGUCCGCUUCAACACCUCCCAAAACAUGUCUGACCCCAACUGGAAGCACUUGAAAGUCGCUAGAAACCACUGGGUGUCUCUGACUGGACUGAGGCCUGGUCUGACCUACCAUGUCCAGGUCCGCUAUUACCACCCUGCGCUGCCCCAUCUGUUGAGUGACUGGAGCCAGCCACAUUACAUCUACCUGGAGAAUGUGACUUAUGUCCCUGAGAGAGUGGUGGCCAGCAUAGGUGAUGGUGUGACCUUGUAUUGCGUGUUCAACAACCACAGGGUGAACGCCAGAAUGGCUGUCUGGCUUCAGAACGAUGAUGUAGUUCCCCAAAGACAGUACACUGCGGUCAACGACCGUGUCAGUAAGAUAACUGUUGGACCAUCUGAGCAGAGGCUGUACGAUACCCUGAAAUGUUGCCAGCCUUCAGGGGAAAAAUACAUCUGUAACUACCGCUAUGCAACAAUAUUCAUUAAAGAUCCGGUCAUAGAUAUUAGCUGUGUAACCAAUGGGGAUCUCGAUGCCAUGACCUGCAGUUGGAACAGCACUCAAAUCCAGCUCAACUUCCUGUCCAUGGUGGCCGACCUGUCCUGUGAUGCCAUGAGAGAGGCUGAGAGGCUGGGCGAGUCGGUGACUGUGGUCAGGCAGACAAAGUGUGUAUCCAGUGGAGGUAGAAAACUGAAGAGCUGUACUUUGCAGCCAAUCCGUGUGACUUCUUGUUACAAGCUGUGGAUGGAAGCCAAGACAGACAAUGGCACAAGGUCACUUCCAGUCUACAUCACACCUAUUGACCAUGUGAAACCCCAACCUCCUUCGGGCCUGUCAGCAGAGAGCUUGUCUAGUGGGGUACUGAAGCUGUUGUGGGAGGCCCCCGGACUCCAGCUCAACGGCCUGCUGUACCAGGUCCGCUAUGCCCUCUCCACUGGAAAGGCCAAACCCUCCUGGAAGGUCCUAGAGUCACAGUCGGAGUUAUUGGCUGAUGUCCCUGAACCGGAUGUGUGUGCGGUGUACAACGUGCAGGUCCGCUGUAUCUAUGUUAACAGCACUGGGACCUGGAGUGACUGGAGCGACUCAGUCUUCACAAUGCCUCACAACAGCAGAGCUCCUGAUCAGGGUCCUGAUUUCUGGAGAGUGUUUCAGGAAGAUCCAGCAAAGGCACAUACUAAUGUCACCCUUCUGUUCAAGUAUUUCACCAUAGUGGAGCCAACCUACUGUGUGGAGGGCCUUGUAGUACAGCAUCAGGCCUCUGGGGGUGUUGUGACUGAGGAGCAUAUAGGCCGUGUCUCCACCUAUAGCUUUGAGUGGAAAGAUGAAGUCCACUUUGUGACUGUCAAGGCUCAGAACAGCCAGGGUAUUUCCACUGGAAACACCAACAUGACCCUGAAUAGACACCUCAAAGGCCAGUGUAUGCAGUCGUUCAGUGCCUCCCGGUUGAACAGUAGUUGUGUGGUCCUGUCGUGGUCCCUGCUGACCGGCAGAAGUGUCCCGUCGUCCCUGGUUGUUGAGUGGUGGGGUCAGAGAUAUCAGGAGGGACAGGGUGAGCCCUCAGAAGGGAGGAAGAGGUGGACCAGGCUCCCUCCAGAACAGCUCCUUUAUCUACAUGGGAGCUUCUAUGGCUUUGAAGAAUACGUAUUCAUCUUGUAUCCAGUGUUUGUAGACGGAGAAGGAGAACCUAUGUAUACUAAAGUCUUCAGAGAGGAUGACACUGGGCCUGCUGCCUUCAUUCUCCUGAUCAUCAUCGCCAUCCUCUCCGUUGUCCUCUUCGUCACCCUGGUCAUAUCCCAAAACCACAUGAAAACGUUUAUAUGGAAAGAUGUUCCCAAUCCCUACAACUGUUCCUGGGCCCAGGGAAUGGACUUCAAGAAGGCUGAGACUAUGGAGCAGUUGUUCCGCUACCCAGAGGGCCUGCCAGCCUGGCCGCUACUCCUUGCCUCAGAAACAAUCUCCCAGGCCGCCAUCAUCGAGAAGAAUGAUCCCACAGCCCCAGACAAGGAAAGGGUCCUAAAACCAGCCAUCGACUCAUCCCCGUUGCAGGAGGACGAGACCCCAAAGCCACCAGAACACCCCAGGCUUCCAGAAGUCUCUGCCCAUUUGCAGGAGGACGAGACCCCAAAGCCACCAGAACACCCCAGGCUUCCAGAAGUCUCAGCCCAGUUGUCGGUGAUCUACUCAACUGUGCUCCCCUCAAACGACCGCCAUCACCCCUUCAAGCAGGCAGCCAGCCUCAGCAGCUCCAGCGACGACGGCAACUUCUCUGCCAACAACUCGGACAUUUCUGACUCUUUCCCUGGAGGCCUGUGGGAGCUGGAGAAUUCCCUGGCAGGAGAGUCAGACAUGGACCCACAGAUCUUCUCUUACCACACUGUAGCGCUGUAUUCGGAGACAUUAGGACCUGAGGAUGUGGCCCUGACAGUAGUUAGCGGUGGUGGAAGGGGGGGGGUGGAUGCGAAGGACCAAUAUCACGCGGGUAUGGAAUGUCUGAAGGACUGGGUGCAAGAGGAGGAAGGGGCUGUAUUGCCGAAGGACGGGGUGGUUCUGGGGAAAGAGGGCUUUUCUGUCGAGUACGACUGUCUGCUUGGAGGUCAGGAGGCUUUGUUUAGUGUGCCCAGUGAAGAGGUGAUGGCAGUAGGGAUGGGAAUUAGGUCUGAUCCUCUCUACCUUCCCCAGUUCCAUACUUCUCCUUCCAAGCUGCUCAAAGCACAGGACAGUGCCCCCAGAUUGUAACAACUGAAAGGGCAUCAUGUGCCAUUUUACUGUCAUCAUCUGUUUAGUGCUAGGGGAGACUGAGGUCUCAAAAGAAAAAAUUAAUUCACACAAAAGAUUGACUGUGGCUUGAGUUCAGUCACAGAUAUCAGGAGCGAGCAAAAAAACAACCUCUGUUCAUAAAAGACCACGUUUCAAAAUUCAUAGGAAAUGUAUAUUCCACAUCCCUAACAAAACGCUGAUCAGAGAAUACUGUAGUAAAAGUUUUUAGAAGACCUAAAAUACUAAUUAUUGUUGUAAAACACCAGUUACAGUUGUAAAACACCAACAUUGAUCCUGCCCAUGCUGUUCUGCGCCUGUUUGUAAUAAUUACAGUGAAAUGCAGAAAAGUGUAACAAAUCUCACUGGUAAACAGCACAUUAGCAUUAUUAGUAAAUAUUUUCUUAAAUAUGUAUUGGAUGUAAUGUGUUUUAAUCUUCCAUGGAAAGCUCCAGUUCAGACAUGCAUGGUUCAAUAUCAUUAUGCAAUAUCACUUUCAAAAAUGUAUCGUUUAUGAUAACAAGCCAUUGCGUUGUGUUGUGUUAUGUAAAGUAGUUAGCUAUCUAUCUAGCAGUACCCAGUCAGUCUACUGGGAUAAUGCUGAGAAUAUCUGUUAAGGGAAAGGGGAGGGACUUGCCCAAAGUAUAUUCUCCACUGGAGUUGUAGUCUGUUAGAGGAAAAAAUUUUGACUUCGUCAAUAGAUCUGCUGAUACAAAUAUUUCUGAAAGACAUCCAAUGGCUCUAUCGAUCAAGGACAACCAUGACUAAACAAAGACUGACUUAUAGCAUUAUUGACUACUACUUGUUUUAGAUCUUGUUCACCCUUCAAUACACACGGUGAUGUGUUUGUCUGGGUUGUUGGGCUACUGCAAUGGAAUCAAACGGUAUCAAACACAUCAUCUUCAUGUUUGACUCUGUUCCAUUCACUCCAGCUGUUAUAAUGAAGCCAUCCUUUCGUCACUUGCUUACAGGACUGGCUCCAUGGGUAGACCUCAUUAUGUAAACACUGAUAAUUUAUAUGACCAUGUGCUUUCUCGAUAUAUUCAGACAGUAUUAGGAAAAAUGGUGGGUGCUGUACCAUUUAGGUGCUGAAAUUGUUUUCGAUGAACGUGUGAAGGUAACCUACUUUUUGAAGUAAUUUCUUCGACAAUCAUGUGAAAAUGUAAUGAUUUGUCAACUUUAUGCCACAUUAAUGGGUUAUACUUUUAUUGGUAAAUUCCAUCUGCUAACAAGCUAUGACAUGACAGUGAACAGUGAACGUGAAAAUGCAUGCGCACAAGGGAGUUUCAGUGAUGAAAAACAUUCCCCAACAUGGUAUUCAAAUUCCAUGUACAAUUAUGUCGCACAAUUUAAAAACAACAACAAGGUGUCUAAGGGGUCCUGGCAAUCUGGGUGCUAAGAUGCUUCUGUCCAUAUCAAUGAGUGGUGUGCCCUUUCAUAAUCACUGUCCCUUUGUCAACACUGCCAGUACACGGCACCUACAGUUUACAGGAAGCCAGUCAUCUCUUAGCAUAGGAGACUCCUGCUGGGUUUAACUGAAAACAGAUGGAGAUUAAGAAGCAGCCUGUCUUUUGAAAAGGUAUAUUUUUUAACUGAUGGCUGCUCUGUACUCAACUAAACAAGCACAUCACGGGAUCUUGUCUUAAAGAUGUAGUUCCUGAAUGUUUCACGGUUGGUUGUAUACACAAUGAUGGUGAAUAUUUAUAGUUUUGGAACAUUUACUAUAAAUGUACUCUAUGUGCAUUGACUGAGCCCUAAUAAUGCUUUUGUUAUUUGUAUACUGUUUGUACUGUAUUUGAGACAUUUUUGAUAUCUACAAAUUGUAUUUGUGUGCCAUGUUAGGUAUACAUUUGACAGGAGAAUGUUCAUAAAACAUGACUCACAAUAAUGUACUGGAAAUACCAUUGCUGAAAAAGAUAGGGUUUGUGAUGUCUAUAAAAAUCGCUUGUCUAUUUUUCAUGGUGAAAAUAUUUACCAACAAAUGUUACUGUAGUUACAAUUUGCUUCUGUAGAUUAUGCCUGC